AUGGGUGCCUUUCCUUAUUGUGGAGGAACUCUAAUUGCGAGCAAGUGGGUUUUGACAGCCGCUCACUGCAUUUAUAAUGUCCUUCAAUGCCGACCUGUCACGUAUGGUCAACUCUUCGACAUUCGUGCUGUCACGGGACAUGACAUGGCUGUUAGUGUGGCAGACCAUCAAUACACUUCUCGUGACCGUCCGAGUUACAACGUUCGAGUGACAGGCGUAGUCAUUCAUCCCAAUUAUGUGCGAGAAGAUCACGGAUUUGACAUGGCACUACUGCGAUUGGGCCGUGAAGUGAAACGAUAAUAUGCGUGUCUUCCUGAACGGGGAUUCACUCUCCCCGUUGGCCACUUCUGCUACUUUGCUGGUUGGGGUCUGCUCCCUAAUCCGCCCAAUGCGCCGUUCGAGUACCCUCCUGAAAAUCUGAUGGAAUUAGAGAUUCCGAUUAUAUCGAAUUCUCAAUGCAAAGUAUUACAUCCGCUUAUGAACGAAAUGCAGGACGUCUGUACGGAUGGCGCUUAUGGGAUGGCCUGUCGCGGUGACAGCGGAGGGGGACUACAUUGUUUUGACGGAUCCAAAUGGGUUGUUUACGGCGUGAGUACUUAUGGAAAAGAGCUUUGCUAUGACGGCCACAACGGAUUUGCUUUAACAGCACCCAAAGUCGACUGGAUUAACGCCAUCAUUUCUUCAUAUUCGUAA